GUCGUCUCUCUGAGUCCCAAUAAUAAUUGUGAGAGAGAGAGAGAGAGAUAACGAAGAAGGAGAAACAGAGAGCACCGAAUCAAGAGGAAGCUUCAAUUGGUGGCCUCCGAAUUGGGGUUGGAGAGAAGGGUAAAACAUCCUUGGACUUGACAGAUUUUCGACGCAGUGUUUGAAGGAAUCAAGUGGGGGAGAUACUGUUGCAGGAAAAUAGAUAGAGACAGAGAGGAAGAUACAGCGUUUUUGCAUGAGGGCAAAGAUGCUUGGAGAAUGUGGAAGGAUAUUAGAGAUAGAGAAGCGGGAAAACUCCGCCCAAAUUCUUUUGCUAAUCGUGUUAAAUCCGAUCGAGUCAGCAGUCUGCAACUUUCCAAUCAUAAGGACAUUGUCUCUCCCCAUCGAGGUUCCGUCAACUCACUUCAGGUCGAUUUGACGGAGGGGAGAUAUUUGUUAUCUGGAGCAUCAGAUGCAUCGGCUGCUGUUUUUGAUAUUCAACGUGCAUCUCAUUCUGAGGGUCUUAUUGCAAAAUACCAAUGCCUUUUUGCAGUUGAUAAGCAGCAUGAACAUGGACAUAAAUAUGCAAUUUCCUCGGCCAUAUGGUAUCCCAUUGAUACUGGAUUGUUUGUCACAGGUUCAUAUGAUCAUCACAUUAAUGUCUGGGAUACAAAUACAACUCAGGUGGUGGUGAACUUUAAAUUGCCUGGAAAAGUCUAUAGGACAGCCAUGUCCUCUUUGGCAACAUCACACAUGCUGAUUGCUGCUGGAACAGAAGAUGUUCAAGUCCGCCUUUGUGAUAUUUCAUCGGGGGCAUUUUCUCACACCUUAUCUGGACAUCGUGAUGGUGUAAUGAGUGUAGAAUGGUCAGCUUCUAGCGAGUGGGUUUUGAUUACUGGCGGAUGUGAUGGAGCAAUUCGUUUUUGGGACAUCAGACGAGCUGGAUGUUUUCGAGUUCUAGAUCAGUCUCAAUCCCAGCUCGGGCGACGUCCACCUAUUUCAGGAUGGACUGCAAAUAAGCUAUCAACAUCUAAGUCCCAUUUGGCCAGCCAAGGUUCAAAUAUGAAAUCUCGCAUACUUCAUAAGAAACUAGCCACCAAUGGAAACGCAACAAAGCCAUCAUCUACUACAGGUAAACUGCCAGCUAAGGGAUCCACAAGGCAGAGGCUACACCCAGGGCUUUUGUCCAGCCAGGAUCGAGCAGUUUCUCACUACGGUGCUGUUACUGGAUUAAAAGUAACUGGAGAUGGCAUGUACCUUCUCAGUGCAGGUUCUGAUUCAAGGUUAAAGUUGUGGGAUGUCGAAUCCGGGUGUAACACGCUCGUGAAUUAUGAAACCGUGAGAUUACAUACCAAUAAGCCGUUGCAAUUAGCCACAUCUCAAGACUCAGCCCUUGUAUUUGCUCCAUGCAUGGCAAAUAUUAAAGCAUUUGAUAUGUGGACAGGGAAGGCAUCCCUGACGCUUAGCGGCCAUUACGAAGCUGUGAACUGUUGCUUGUAUAGUUUCCAGGAUCAGGAACUGUACACUGGUGGGAACGAUAGGCAAAUUCUCGUCUGGUCACCAUCCCGGGACUCUACCGAACUGUGGACUCGCAGGAUUGGGAAUCCAGUGCAGACAAAGAUAACUGGAGCGACUGAUUGUCCUCUUCCACAAGGACGUUCGGUUUCAACGCUGAUGCCAUCCAUAAAACUCUGCCCACCAUGUACAUAACUUUCCAGAUUUGUAUCAUCUUUGAAUGAUUCUGCCCUCUCUUUCAAACUGUCAACUAGGACGUGCACUAUACUAUAGCGUGGACUUGAAAAAACUCCACAUCUUGUUCAUUAGUAAUAAACAUGUUUCAAACUAAAGCCACGUUGGGUUUGACUUUGUAGCUUUUUCAUCGUGCUUGGUAACUUUGUUAUAAUGUCUUGGAUACGCAAUUAUAUGAUUGAAAACUUGGGUUUGUUCUAGAA